UAUUUACUACUUUAAUUUUUAUAGAAUAAAGAAAUACCUCUUUUUCUAUUAACAUCAUGUCGUAUAAUCGUAAUAAAUAUGAGAAAGCUCGAAGACGACUUGCUGCUGUGACUUUUUUAUCCAACAUUUCCUUAGAUGGCUCCUUCAAGGAUACGGAAUUAUACCAAAUUGUUGACAAAAAAGCAUCAAAUUUGGACAAAUGUGACUGUGAAAUCAAGGAAAAUCUGGGCUAUAAUCAUAAAGAUGGUUUGCGUAACAGUGUUCGCAAUCGUACUAAAAUACAAACAAGUCCCAUUCAAAAAGCUAGUGGUGAUAACCAAUCAUUAAGUUCAGAUUCUGAGCAAGCCACUGCAACCCCAGUUAAGGGACUUGGUUUCAAUUCGUAUCGAGAAAGGUGCUCAUCUGGUACUACCGACCUAUUUAAAGAUAGACAUUCUUCCGUAAGGGCCAGAAAAAUUGUUACUCAAGAUGAUAAAAGCAGCUCUGAAAGUUUGAAUUUUGGUCGUUUUCGUGCAAACAGUACUUGCGUUUCAGAGAGAUCUGCUUACAACAAAGAAUUAAGAUUUGUGAAACCUGUCAAAGGUGUUUCUUUUAAGGAUGAGAGACUUGCAUUUGUUCCUGGCCAAGGUGCUCCUUGUGCUUUGUUUAGUACCAUACCUUACUCGAAGACAAUCAAAAGUGCACGCUCCGACUUAAGAAAGGAAGGUGUUAGAAGGCGUAAUACAUCUGGACCAAGGCCCUUAUCUGCUAUCACGGAUAAUGGAAUUGAUCCAUUUGACCUAUUAGGAUUGGAAAGAGAGGAGAAUGGACAAGAAAUUUCUUAUUCAAAGCUACUGAUACCGUCGAGAAUCUGUACACGAGAACAAUACAAAAAGAUGUAUGAAGGUGAUUUCAGUGACAAAACUACUUGGAAAAUAAUGACUCGUCAUCCCCACGUUAUUGCAAGGACUAAGUUAUUGACGAGACACAAGGAUAAAAAAUGGUGUUUUUCAUAUGAAUCUUCCCAGCGAUCUACUGCAGCCUCAUCUCCACCUCAUUCGUCAAUUGAAACUAAAACCUUCGAUUGGGAUGAGACUGCAAUUCUUUCUCAAAAAUAUGUACAAUACUGUCCUAAUGUUCUUGAUGAUCCUGAAUUGAUUGCUGGAAAACAUAGAACUCUACUUACUUUUACUUCUUACAUGACGUCUAUUAUUGAUUAUGUACGACCUCAAGAUUUAAAAAAAGAGUUGAAUGACAAGUUCAGAGAAAAGUUUCCUCAUAUCAAGCUCACUCUAAGUAAAUUGAGAAGUAUAAAAAAAGAAAUGCGAAAAAUAGCAAAACACGACAGCGGGGGAAUAGAUUUGUUGUCUGUGGCUCAAGCAUAUGUUUACUUUGAAAAACUGAUACUUGCAAAUCUCAUUAACAAAGAUAACAGGAAACUCUGCGCUGGGGCCUGCCUGCUCUUGUCCGCUAAACUCAACGAUGUAAAGGGCGAAAUGUUGAAAUCACUUAUUGAGCGCAUCGAAACAACGUUCAGAGUGAACAAGAAGGAUCUCAUAAAGUUCGAAUUCGCGGUGCUGGUGGCGCUAGAGUUCGGACUGCACGUGCCGCCGUACGACGUGUUCCCGCACUACCAGCGCCUGCUGCACGAGUCCUGACCCUGGCGCCGCGUGCCGCUCGAGUGCGCGCGCGCCGCCCGCCGCCGCGCCAGCUUCGUCGACAACCUGCGCGCCGGCGCCUGGAUGUAACCACCACUCUUCCACAACACACGUACAGUUCCCCCACUCUCAUUUCCAUCAGCAAUCUGCGUUACAUUUUGCAACUUCAAAGAGUUAUUGUUAAAAUUUAUUUUGUAGAAAAAAAAACAAAAAACACUUGUACAAGUAACAAAAAAAUUCAAACACCUCUAUAAAAGACGAGCGCACAUUUAACUUUUUUUUCUGUGUGUCAUAUUUUUGUUGUGUGUCUGUCAUACUCAUGAUGAUGGGCUCCGCACACAUGCGGUGCGCACAUGAAAUUAUCUCCAUUAUGUGUGUGUGAGGUGCAUGUUGAGAUCUUAUGUUGAUAUACUUAUGGGUUUAUCAUAAAUUGGUUCAUUUUCGAUAUAUCUAAUUAAUAUAUUGCUAGAAAAUCUAGAACCGAGGACUCGUGUGUGCCGUUACAGUAUUCUACUGCAUUAUCGUAGAUAUAACUUUUUUUAAGCUUCAAUUUAGGAUUGAAUUUCAAUUUAGUGCUUUUUAAGAAAUAUUUCCCUAAAAAUUGCUGAAGUAGUUCGACGGAAUGUUGCCAGAAAACCUAGUCAUAUCUCCUCCGGUUAGCUAAAUAUUCCAAGACAACCCUGGACAUCAUUAUUGUAGUCGAUAUGUGAAAUUUAGUUUUACUAAUGACCGUGGGACUUGUUUUGUAAAAAGCACUGUAGGAAAAAUUGUGACUCGCACGAAGCCAAUUUCUCGUAAUAAUAUUGCUUCGGAAAGGAAAACGCGAGGUCUAAUCUUUUUCUGUAGCAAUUAACAAAAAGUAAACAGUAGUUUAACUUUAAUGGUCAUUAUUAAUAUUACGAGUGUAACACUGUAGUUAUUUUAAUUCAACGAUAUUUACAUGACAAUAAAAUCACAAUAAUAUUUGCAAAAAAGCAAUCAUUAUGUUUUUAUCUUCAGUGAAAAUCAUGUUUUAUCAUAUAAAUUGGUUGAUAGGUAAAAUUAUAUUAU